AUGGAUGCUGCUAUGGAAGCCAACCUGGGUGCUGCCGACCACGGGCCCCGCACAGAGCUGGACGAUGAAGACUACUACCCCCAGGGUGGCUGGGACACGGUCUUCCUGGUGGCCCUGCUGCUCCUGGGGCUGCCAGCCAACGGGCUCAUGGCGUGGCUGGCUGGCUCGCAGGCUCGGCAGGGAGCGGGCACGCGGCUUGCCCUGCUCCUGCUCAGCCUGGCCCUCUCCGAUUUUUUGUUCCUGGCGGCAGCGGUCUUCCAGAUCCUGGAGAUCCAGCACGGAGGGCACUGGCCGCUGGGGACGGCCGCCUGCCGCUUCUACUACUUCCUGUGGGGUGUGUCGUACUCCUCGGGCCUCUUCCUGCUGGCCGCCCUCAGCCUGGACCGCUGCCUGCUGGCACUGUGUCCACGCUGGUACCCCGGGCGCCGCCCGGCCCGCCUGCCCCUCUGGGUGUGCGCCGGGGUCUGGGUGCUGGCCACGCUCUUCAGUGUGCCCUGGCUGGUCUUCCCCGAGGCCACCGUCUGGUGGUAUGACCUGGUCAUCUGCCUGGACUUCUGGGACAGCGAGGAGCUGCCGCUGCGGAUGCUCGAGAUCCUGGGGGGAUUCCUGCCUUUCCUCCUGCUACUCGUCUGCCACGUGCUCACCCAGGCCACUGCCUGCAAGACCUGCUGCCGCCACCAGCCACGGCCCGCGGCCUGCCGGGGCUUUGCCCGCGUGGCCAAGACCAUUCUGUCCACCUACGUGGUCCUGCGGCUGCCCUACCACGUGGCCCAGCUGCUCUACCUGGCCUUCCUGUGGGACAUCUACCCCGGCUACCUGCUCUGGGAAACCCUGGUCUACUCCGACUAUCUGAUCCUGCUCAACAGCUGUCUCAGCCCCUUCCUCUGCCUCCUGGCCAGCGCUGACCUCCGUGCCCUGCUGCGUGCCGUGCUCUCCUCCUUUGCCGCGGCUCUGUGUGAAGAACGGCCGGGCAGCCUCACGCCGGCUGAGCCACAGGCCCAAGUGGACUCUGAGGGUCAGACUCUGCCAAUGGCAGGGGCCCAGCCUCCAGGGAACCCUGUGACCCCCCCACAAGUGGUCCCUGCAGCCCAGCCCCAGUUGGAUUCUGUGGCUCCCCCACGGUCAGAUUUUGGGGUCCAGCCUCAGCUGAACUCCUCAGGCCAGCCACAGGUGAACCAUGAGGCCCAGCCCCACGUGGACUCUGUGGCCCAGUCCCAAGUGAGCCCGAAGGCCCAGGCCCCUGGAUCCCCUGCCAGCUCAGCCCCCAGACCCUGUGAUGAAGCCUCUUCUGCUCCAUCCACAGAUCCCACCCCAGGAGCCCCUGAGAACCCAGCAGUGCCUGCUGCCUCUGACAGAGAAGGCCCCGGCAGUGUCCCCCCAGAGGAGGCCCCUGGAACAGGCCCCACGUGA